AAUACGAGCUUUGAGUAGCACCGCGUAUGCACCUGUAUUUGCUUCCAUCCGACGGCUCAACAAGUGUUCGUAUAUGUGCAUAUGUUUAUGUUAAGACAUUAACGGUCACCUACCUACAUCGGCUUUAUGCCUUUUGUAAUUUGUGCCUUAAACAGUGCUCUACACUCCGCUUGAGGAAGUAUUGAAUUUAAGUGCCUUUUUAUAUCCUCCGUUUUAUGUGUACUUUUACAACGUGCAACUAGUGCAAAAAAAUUCGAUUGUGACGAUCAUUUAUAACGGCAAUUAUUUCCUUAUUAAAUCGCCGCAUAACGGAAAAUCCGAGAAAAGCGCUUCCGAAUAUUUUCCGAUAGAAUGUGUCGACGUAAAGUGCCUUAAGAAGUAAUAACGUGCCUUAGUACCUAUUUUGUUGUUAUGGCUUCCGACGAGGAUUGUAAUACGACAUACACAUAUCCAGUAAUGGAAGAUGCCACACCGUCGCCUAACCCUGGAAACCCGUACACAAACUGUCUUUCUCCCUCGAGCUCCACGUCGCCCUUGCUAUCCCAACAGUACCCAAUGCACAUGACCCCACGCUACGAUUACGACGCCGAACUAAUACCCGCAACCCAAGUGCUACCCCAAGUCCUUCCCAAAACUCAGGAGAUGUGGGACAUGAGCCAAAACAUCUACGCGGACUAUCGCGCGUACGACAACACGCGUUUCCAAAGUGAUUACAUAAGGCCCAGUUACGCGGAUACGAUGCCGGUCUUCGCACAGACGCGCAACACGAGUUUCGUUCCUAAAAUCGGCGGACAAUCGCAAAAAGUUCCUAAAGAAGCUCGAAUAAGAAGACCCAUGAACGCGUUCAUGGUAUGGGCAAAGGUGGAGAGGAAAAAGUUGGCCGACGAAAAUCCCGACCUUCAUAACGCUGACCUCAGUAAAAUGUUGGCGUAA